GAAGGGAGCCAGAGCGCGUGUGUAGGAGAGCAAGGAGGAAGAGCCCGGUGGGGGCGCGGGUUCUUCCCCCUUUGGAGCCGCAUUGAGACUCAAGGCACACUCGGGCACAGAAUGGCUGUUUUAUAAGUGGGAUCCUUGGGGACGUAUGGCUGCCUGCUCCUUGGCAGCUGUCUUUAUGGACCAGUAGGCAGAGGGAAAUUGACGCUGACGAGACUUCUGCAUCUUGGAAGGGACUGUAAUCUACUGUAGUGAAGAACAGAACCUCUCAAUCACGCGGGUGUAAAUAAGAGACGGAGGGGAGUCCAAAAGAAAAGGAAGAGGAGGGGAAGAGUGUGUGUUGGGGGGAGCGGGGAAAAGCAUUUUUGGUGGAUGGUAUGAAGCCAGCCAUGGAAACUGCAGCCGAGGAAAACACUGAACAAAGCCAAGAGAGAAAAGUGAACAGCAGAGCUGAAAUGGAAAUUGGCAGGUACCACUGGAUGUACCCAGGCUCAAAGAACCACCAGUACCAUCCUGUGCCAACCCUGGGGGACAGGGCUAGCCCCUUGAGCAGUCCAGGCUGCUUUGAAUGCUGCAUCAAGUGUCUGGGAGGAGUCCCCUACGCCUCUCUGGUGGCCACCAUCCUCUGCUUCUCCGGGGUCGCCUUGUUCUGUGGCUGUGGGCAUGUGGCUCUUGCGGGGACCGUGGCGAUUCUUGAGCAACACUUCUCCACCAACACCAGUGACCAUGCCUUGCUGAGUGAGGUAAUACAGCUGAUGCAGUAUGUCAUCUAUGGAAUUGCCUCCUUUUUCUUCUUGUAUGGGAUCAUUCUGUUGGCAGAAGGCUUUUACACCACAAGUGCAGUGAAAGAACUGCACGGGGAGUUUAAAACAACCGCCUGUGGCCGAUGCAUCAGUGGAAUGUUCGUCUUCCUCACCUACGUGCUGGGAGUGGCCUGGCUGGGCGUGUUCGGUUUCUCUGCAGUGCCCGUGUUUAUGUUCUACAACAUAUGGUCAACUUGUGAAGUCAUCAAGUCACCCCAGACCAACGGGACAGCUGGUGUGGAGCAGAUCUGCGUGGAUAUCCGGCAAUACGGUAUCAUUCCAUGGAAUGCAUUCCCAGGAAAGAUCUGUGGCUCCGCCCUGGAGAACAUCUGCAACACCAAUGAGUUCUACAUGUCCUAUCACCUGUUCAUUGUGGCCUGUGCAGGAGCUGGUGCCACCGUCAUUGCCCUGCUGAUCUACAUGAUGGCUACUACAUAUAACUAUGCGGUUUUGAAGUUUAAGAGUCGGGAAGAUUGCUGCACUAAAUUCUAAAUUGCAUAAGGCAAAUAAGGAGCUUUAGAGAGCUAUACGAUGUAGCGUGAAAUACCACUGACACCCCAGACUAAAGCAGAGUCUCGGUUUCUGCAGUUUUGUUACAGUAAUUUGUAAAUAGCUUUAGUCAACAACUCAUCUCGCAUGGUAGAUUAAUAAGAUGACUUACCGUACAUGAAUUACAAAAUAAUGAGAUCUGGCUAUUUCCGCAUUUUGAAAAGGAUUCAGUUACUUACUGACAUUGGUGAGCAUCCAUUAAAAAGUAAUUUUCUUGAACUUAAACUUUGAGCAGUAUCUCUAAAUGAAGUAUUAAAACUUUGGAAUACCUGUACUUUCCAUUAUUUUUGCUUGCUUGAUGACCAAUUUCAAUGAUGAAAAUGAAAACAAGUGCUGAAGAUGAGAUGGAAGAGAACCUUUUUAAUCUGGAUUUUGUUUUAUCAGACUCUUUCUGGAAAAUAUUUUACAAAUAUAUUUUAUAUUUGAUUAAAAAUUUUUUUAUGAUUACAUGGUUCACUACCAAAUAAAUGCCCCUCAAAUAAGCCCGAUGAAAAUUUGAAGAAAAAGAAAGGCCACCCAUUUGUUUUCCCUAAAAAAUCAUUUUUUUUAAACACAACACAACCAUUCCUUUCAGAGCCCACAAAAUUGAUAACCUUAAAUUGUUCUGUCUUGGUGAGCAGUAACUGAUUCCUCAUAGCCGGUUCUCAAACUGCACGUGAGAUUUUAGUGGAAAGAGAAAUUGUGCCUGGAUCUGAAAGUCUCAAAUAUGUUGAGAAGGAAAUAUGAAAUAUAAGGAACUUGAGAUGGAGAUUUUGCAGGAAAGAUGAGGAAAAGAAAUGGGAAAGAAGUGUUUGCCACGUCAACUGUAAAGAAUGACAAUAAGGAUUUUUAUAUUUUGUGAAAUGAAAUAAUGGCAGUUAUAAAAUGAAAAAUGUAGUUUCACGCUAAAAAUGUGUUAACACAGAGAUUGCAUGCUUUGCUUCUAGUUCUUAAUUUUGGUUUUGACAUUCACUUAAUUUUUCCAUGUUAAAUAUGUAGUUUUUAUUAUUUACUCAAAAUAAACAUUGUUCACACUUUUAGGCCUUUGGGGGAAUUGAUUUUAUCCACAGAUAGAAAAGAUCUUUCCAUUACAUUUAUUUUAAAAUAACCACACAAUGUGUUUCUGAACUUCUGCAUCAGUCUUUAAAAUUACUCUCAAAAUGGUAAAAAGCUCCUUCUCGUAUUUCAUUUUUGCUUUUUUUUUUAACAAUAACUUUGGCCAUUUUUUUCAAGUUCAUUAUGUUUGUAUACUAACUUUUCUUCAGCCUUUUAAUAUUAAGCACACUAGUAGAGCAUGCUUUCAGUAUCUGAUGCCUCUGAUAGCAGACUGAGUAUUAAUAGAGAAUAACGCUCUCCCUUUUCACAGUAAAGACCGUCUAAUCUGCCUAUAGCAGCUUGCUUUGCCUUCUGACAUGCUCACUAGCCAUCAUGCUCACCCUUCUUUUCCAGAUCCACUUCCUCAUGAUACUGUCUUCUAACUGGGCUUACUUAAAGGAUGCAAGCAAAAUGCAGGCUUACCAGGAUAUCAAAGCAAAGGAAGAACAGGAACUGCAAGAUAUCCAGUCUCGCUCAAAAGAACAACUCAAUUCUUACACAUAAACGUUUGCCAGUGUUUCAGCCGACGAAUUGACAGCUCUGACAAAUCAUCAGACAGCUGCUCUGCAGUACAGAUGUGUAUCCCACCAAACAAACUAAUGUAGAAGUACAAACACUUCACUGGCUGUCUCAAGCUGGGAUGUAUUUGUAGGAAAACCUUCCAGUAGGUAAAUCUUUUUCUUUAGAACAGAUAUUGGAGGUUUCGUGUUAACCAUUUUAAAAGGCAACACUUUGACAAAAUGAUUGUUCCUCCUUUUGAAAUUUGAUAGGGACCCGUGAUGUGUCAGCAUCAAGGGAUGUGACCAUAAAUUCACGUAUGCCAUCUGUCCCCAAAUAAAUGUAUCUAAAUAGGGGAUAAAAUGGAAUUGGCGUGAAGUUCCAUUUCUGACAACUGACAUUUAUUAAAUUGUGGCUCAUCGAAGAUAAUGUGAUUCUUACAAUUGACCCUGUUUUUUUUAAUUAGCUGACUUCCCCCCUCUAAGUCCAGGGCACAUUAAUUUCCUGAUCCAAUCAGAAAUCUUUUCUUCAAUAAUACUGAAAGGAGCUACUAUACAUUCUGCUACACCUACCAUUGAAGAGCUGGAUUCCAACUCAUUGACAAGCUUUCAAGAAUCAAUUUUAUAAUAGAUUUCAUUUUAAUAAAAUGACCCAGUUGUCAUCCUCCUUGGGAAAUACAUGUCAGCUCUGCCUUAAUGAGUAUUUGCUUUAAAUUUCUAAGAAUUAUAUUACCACGGGAGACCCAAAACCCUUCAUAGAAUUUUUUUCCACAAAUGUUUUUCUUAAUUAAGAAGUGUUACCUUAUUAAAAUGACCACCAUUCUAAACCAUUUCUAUGUGGUCUCAAUAGUGAGUUUACAGUUUCAUACCAACUAUCUAAGACCUAAUUACAAAUAGACCACAGACCUCCUACUUUUAUAGACUUGAAUACUUAAGUAAUUUAAAUUAGGGUUGGUAUUUAUUUCACUUUUUCUUAUCUACAUCUUAGUUUCCUGGAAUAAUAAAGUUCGAUGUUCAGCAAAAAACUGCUUGAGUUUAAGCCAUUUUCAAAAGAAACUUGCCUUCUAAAUCAUUGUGUUCCAGAAUAUUGACUAUAGGUAUUGGGUAUUAGUGAUGGUAAACUUUGUGUUGUUCUUUAUGAAAUGAUACAUAUAACUGUUGAGUGCAUCAGUGCUUUUUAAAAGGGGCUGCAUAAUAUAGGGUUAACUAUGUAUAUUCAUGUUAAGAAUUAACUUGUGGUUUGGCUGUUUCCUGGAUUUAAAAACAUAUACAUGUGCAGAAAUGUAUUAAAAUGAAAGGAAGCAUACCUUUAUCAAGAUGCUAUUAAAAUUGUACAUCAAGUAUAAUAUUUCAUUUGGAUUCUUUUUGUUGUUGUUGUUAAUGCCUAAAAAUGCCUAUUUGGAUCUUGACUUCUUUUUAAUUGGGAGAAGCUCUCUUCUGUGUAGAACAGUUGUUCCAGAAUAGCUUGGUGUUUUGUUUUCCUGUUGCAUGACAGACCUAAAUAUUUUUCCCAGCAGUGGAGGUGCUGUUAGAGUCCAGUGUUCUAGAGGAGGCAGUGUCUAAAGCCUAAUUUUACUUUUCUAAUUCUGGUAGCUAUUACCAGGAAUUUUUGAAAGUUUUGUUUAAGUAGUCUAAUAUUUUUUAUGUAAAGAGCAUUAAAUUUUGCUAUGUAUAAAUUUUUGUAACCUAACAGUGAAUCAAUAUUUUCUAUCAGUGCCAAGGGCUUCCUGUAGUUCUAUUCAAGUGUUACAAUAAAUAUUUGUAGAUAAUAGUCAA